CUCAGUGUGGAUGAGGUCUUCGUGUUAAAAGUUGGGGGGACGGUUCAGGAAUUUUUUUUUUACUCUUGCUCGGCGUCACUUGACAGAAGCAGGUCUCAGCCUAAACACAGUUUAUCUUUUGAGUGUUCUGGAGUUCUUUCUCAUGUCUGUGAACACAUAACGGCAAUUGUCAAAGAAAUAAGGCAAACAAAUAAAUAAAUGAGUGUUGAAACUUAUGCACAAUUUGUGUGUUGUUGUGUGUUUUAUACAUUUUGUGAGUUUGUAUUGCUCAAGCUUAUUGAAGGUACAGGAUUGGGAAACUUUUAAAUAUUUCGCCUCUAUAGUUGCUCACAGAUUAGGAUUGGGUCCCUUUUACUUAAAGUAGAUUCUCCAAUAAAACGAAUAUUGAAAUAUUAUUGAAAUAACAAAAAAAAAAAGAUUUAAAUGUCAUUUAUGUGUCCCCAGUCAAAAAAUGGCUUACAUAUUUUUAAAUAUAAAAUUCCCUGAUUUGUAUUAGAAGUCCUGAAAUUCUUUUUAGCAGAUUAUGUUAUACCACACUAAUAUUUUUAAUAUGACUGUGUUUUCAUUAGAAAAUCAUGAUAAUUAACAGAACUUAAAGGCUUGAAAAGAUCAAUUAAUGUGUAAUUAAUCUAUUUAACUUAUUUCAAUUAGUCCCAAACAAAUUAACUUUCCUAUAGCACAAACAUAUAAAAUCAUCUUUGUUUUCAGGUUGUCAAACAAAAUGUCUUAAACCUCGAACGUCUCUAAAUGAUUGUGUUUGGGCGGACAGACUGACCCUGUUAAUGGAUAAUGGCUCUUCUCGUGUGUGUUGCGUAACAGUUUGUGCUGUUCUUCCGGGUGGACACAUGGGCUAAGCCUUUGUGAGGCGUUCUCUCUGCAGGACUUCUAUUAUUGAUUACAUUAUCAUCAUGUUCUCUCUGCUGCAACACAGUAACACUAAAGUCCCAUUAACAGAGGUCCCAGUCAUCCUAUCCCACUGCUUUAAUUAUGCACACUCAGAGGGCCCCCCUGUCUGAGGUUUGGAUCCAGGUGAUGCUGCUCACUGGCUUUAUUGGUUCUGGGCUUCUACAAGGUAAAGAGCGAGACGUGUGUGUUUUCUUCUCUUGUGUUUUCAGCUGAAUGUUUCUCUUGUCAGUGCUGUUGGCAUCCUCAUUACGCUGCAGAGGAGCAAAAUGUAAGUGUGAGUAGAAUUUUGCUUACAAUUAUCAGAGGAAUGUUUGUAAUAUUGCUUAUCGUUUUUGAAUUUUGGAUCAAUUAAAGGUGAGACUUUUCUAAAAAAAAAAAAAAAUAGUUACCUAAGUUGCUAUUUAAAGAGGUUUCUUUAAGACAACUAUGUAACGUAGCUUUUCUAAAUUAUCAAAUUACUCUGCUUUAUUAAUCAUUGUAAUACAGGAAACUUGCACUGAGAAAUUCAUUAAAAUUAUAUAAAGCACUAACACUGUAAUACACACAGCUGCCAGAAUAAUGCAGUUCAACAUGUGGAUAAAUCAAAACAUGGCUUGAAAUAGAUAAUAUGUUUGAAUUCAGUAUUCAAAGCAGUGUCUCAGUUGCUCCAACAGGCUUUCUCCUGCACUCUGCUGGGGGCUACUAUACAUCCACUGCCCAGGGUCCAGUUUCACCACUUCCUGUCUCAGUUUCGAGCACUACAGCCUAUGUGUUUACAUUAACUCAGUGUGUGUUUGCUAUUAGACAACGUUCAUCUCCUGGCUGAUUGUUGUGAAGCCGUGUCUCAUUUCUGCAGCAUUUCCUUAUUCUCAUGUUAUAUUGGUCUCUUUUGUCUUUUCAAAAGAGGGGCUGCUGCUUCCUGGAUCUGCCAGAGUGUGAGAUAGGAGGAGGAGAAGAAGAAGAAGAAUGGAGAACAAUAAGCCAGUGAAGGAGGUUCUCCCCCUGCCUCGCCACCCCACCCCACUUCCUGUGACCUCCACCUCUCCGACCCCUGCUGCCUCCUCGAAAAAACACCCUACAGGGUCCAUGCAGCAGGUUCAACUGGCCUCCUCAGUGGUGACAUCCUUCAAUCACCUGAGGCCUCCAGAGAGAGACCUCACGCCGAUGUCUCGGAUGAAGCCUAUUAAAUCGCUGAAGCAUGCCGGCUUAACUGCAGUCUUCACCGGGCAAACUUGGCUUGACAGCGAGGAGGUGCAGGAGGAGGUACCAAGUGUCAACAUGAUCUUGGCUGACAUUGACUCGCUGGUGCCAACCCACGAUGAAACUGGACGCCCCAUACCAGAAUGGAAACGGCAGGUGAUGGUUCGGCAGCUCCAGGUCAGGAUGCAAGAUGAAGAGGUAGAGGAGGCACAGAAUAUGUUGAAUGGCUACAUGCCACUGGAUUCCUGGAAAUACUCCCAGACUCACAACGCCAUCUUAGGGCCCUUUGGUGAACUCCUAAAAGAGGAAGAUCUGGUUUUCUUGCAGCAGCAAAUUGAGUCUGUUUCUCUGCAGAAACGUUGCCAGGCUUAUGAGUUAGAGUUGACCAGGCUAACCGAGGAGUUAAAGGCAAUCUUGCCUGAUCCUAUCGUUAAUAUUUCCCUCAACAAGGAGAUUCUACAAAGAAUGGACUCUGAGGGAAAAAUACCCUUGACUCUACCCGUCUGGUGCGAUCGUGUCUCAGAGAUUGUCAAGAACAUGUCUCUGCUGGUGGCCAAUCUGACUAAAACACAGAGAAAAGAAAGCGAGUGGGGGUCGGUGGGAGGAAUGGUCGAAGGCAUGAAGAGUUUGCAAGAAAAUAUAAUUGCCUCUGAAAUUGAUUUGGACUCGAGAUUGAUGCAAGAAAAGGAGUCUGCACCUGCGGAGACAUCCAGUGGAUGUAGGAUACCCCAUAUUGGGAUGGCGUCUGCUUUCAGCCAUCGCUUGGAGAGCAGCAGCUGCAAUAGAGAAAAGAGAGAGAAGGUGGAGAGGGAGAUCCAGCAGUCUGGUGUGUCAGUGAAAAACCUCAGGUCCAACUUUGAGGGUCAGAUUGGAAGCAUUUAUCCCUUUGCUGGGGUUGUACAUGGAGCACAGCGGCUGAAGGGCAAGAAUUGGGUUGGACCAUCAGCAGGAAGCAGUGAUGACGUGAACACACUCCUUAGUCAUGGCGCCAUUAAAACCUGUGGAGCUGUGAUGGAGACCACCAGCUUAAGGAAAGAGCGGAUAGUUGUGUUAUUCCUGAGUCACUGGAAAAAGUCUGCAUAUGCCAUCUCAAUGAGAGCAGCAAGACAGAGACAAGAAAAACCUGCAGCAUCAGGGAAAGUGGCUACAGCUCAGCUGAAACAGAAACCCCACUCUCUGUUCCGGUUCUGCCAGCAACGAGGUGCCGUGGACAAAAUGUUAAACUCCUGGAAGAAUAAGCUGGCGUUAAAGUACACUCCAAAAUCCCAGUUGGUCUCCUCACAAAGUUCAUGUAACUCCCACUUUACCUACUCCCCAGAGCAGUUCCUGCCAGAAACCGAUGGAGUCUCAAUGAGUCACGACAGCUUGACCCUCGACCUCUUCAUGCUGGGUUAUUUCCACAUCUUAGAACAAGACCUGUCUGCUGAGGAGAGGAAGAUGAGACAUCUCCUCUGCUUUGAGGUUUUUGACCAUGUCAGCUUCUUCCCCUGGGAGAAGGUGCGGGAUUUCCACAAGGCCGUUCUCCAGGAAAUUCAGUCUGGGAGGCGGCAGUGGAGCGACGGCUUUGAAGACCUCAAACAUCAAUUCUUCGGCGAAUCGACACCGUGUCGCUGCCAGUCGUCACUGGUGCCAGACUUUAAACCUGUACCCAAGGUUAUAGUCCAAAAUGCAACUCCAGAUGAGAGCGGUAGUGACGCGGACGUUUCCUGUUUCAAUAAUGAAGAUAUAUGCAAAUAUAUUGAUCGCAGUUUUGCUUUCUGGAAAGAGAAAGAGGCAGAAUUGUUUGACUUUGAACACUGAGCUAAAGUUUGAUGGGGAGUAUGUUUGGACAAAAUGACAUUGAAGAGCUUGCUUUAGAUGGAUCCUAAAUAAAACACAGAGAAAGUAUUGUUGAUGAUC